AUGCAGUACAUUAUGGAAGGAAUUAUGGAGGAAAACAAUUUGGCAGAGGUUCUAGAUGCUGAAGUGGUUUAUGAAGAAGAAGAAGUUUCUGAAGAUCAUGAGAUUGGCUUGGAGGAGCUAGAACAAGCACCUCCUUGGAUAGAUGAUGAAGCCAUCCAUGUUAGAGAGGAGUUAGAAGAAGUGAAUCUUGGAACCUCUGAGGAACCUCAGGAAUACAAAGAUUGCUUUGCAUGGCAAUAUUCUGAUAUGCCGGGGUUAAGCAGGACAUUGGUAGAACAUCGGCUUCCUAUUAAGCCCGAGUUUCAGCCAUACCGCCAAUCUCCAAGAAGAGUGUCAAAAGAAGUUGAAUUAAAGGUAAAAGAGGAAAUUGAAAAAUUGUGUAAAGCAGGCUUUAUUAGGCCUGCUAAAUAUAGUAAUUGGUUAGCAAAUGUUGUUCCAGUGGUUAAAAAGAAUGGAAAACUUAGAAUAUGCAUAGACUUUAGGGACUUAAAUGAAGCAACUCCUAAAGAUAUUUAUGCCAUGCCAAUUGCUGACACUCUUAUUGAUGCUACAGCUAAUCAUUCUCUUUUGUCUUUUAUGGAUUGUUUUGCUGGAUAUAACCAGAUUAUGGUGGCUAAAGAAGACAUCUCCAAAACGGCAUUUAGAUGUCCAGGAUCUAUUGGGACAUUUGAAUGGGUGGUCAUGCCGUUUGGUUUACGUAAUGCUGGUGCAACAUAUCAGAGGGCUAUGAAUGCCAUCUUCCAUGACCUCUUAGGUAAAACUAUGGAGGUUUAUAUUGAUGAUGUUGUUGUAAAAUCAAAACUAAUGAAAGAUCAUUUGAAAAAUCUAGAGGAAGCAUUUAGGAGGAUGAGAGUUCACUGUUUAAAACUCAAUCCUCUGAAAUGCGCCUUUGGUGUAAAAGCUGGAAAUUUUUUGGGGUUUUUGGUCCAUGAAAGAGGCAUUGAAGUGGACCAAAACAAAACCAAAGCUAUUCGAGAAGCUAAACCGCCUAGAAAUAAAACAGAACUUCAAAGGUUUCUUGGGCAGGUUAAUUACUUAAGGAGAUUUAUAUCUAAUCUUGCAGGAAAAACAAAAGUGUUCUCAGAACUGUUGAAAUUAAAAAAGGAGGAUGUCUUCAGAUGGGAAACCAUCCAUCAAGAGGCUUUUGAUGAAAUUAAAGAUUAUCUAAUGAAGCCUCCUGUAUUGAUGCCUCCCAAAAAGGGUAUACCUCUGAGGUUGUACAUUUCAGCAGCCGAAGGUUCAAUUGGGUGUCUGCUAGCCCAGAGCAACCAAGAUGGACAUGAACAGGCUAUUUAUUAUUUGAGCCGUUCGAUGACAUCUACAGAGUUAAUAGAGAGUUUUGAAGAGGUUGAAUUAGUACAUGUUCCUAGAGAGGAAAAUUGGGAGGCCGAUGAAUUAUCACAGCUAGCAUCUGGCCUACGUCUGUCGGAGGAGUUAACCCACCGACUAGUAAUGGUACAAAGAAAAACUCACCCUUCAAUUUUUAAAAGAGGAGUACAACUAGAUAUUUUCAAUAUUGAUGAUAACUUAGUACAGGAUUGGAGGAGAGAUAUUAAAAAGUACCUGGAGAAUCCUAGCAAGAAGAUGAUGUAUAAAGUAAGAGUGAGAGCUGUUAACUACGUGCUCAUAGAAGAUGUUUUAUACAGAAGAGGAUUCGACAACCUAUUGCUAAGAUGCCUUGGAACUACAGAGGCACUAGAGGUCAUGAAACAAACUCAUGAAGGAGUUUGUGGAGCACAUCAAUCUGGAGUGAAAAUGAGAUGGCUGAUCCGAAGACAUGGUUACUUCUGGCCAUCUAUCCUAAAAGAUUGCAUGAUUUUUGCAAAGGGUUGUCAAUCGUGCCAAAGGUAUGGAAACAUACAAAGACUUCCAGCUGCUGAGUUGAAGUCUGUCAUCAAACCAUGGCCAUUCAGAGGUUGGGCCAUAGAUUUGAUAGGUAAAAUAUAUCCUCCAUCUUCUAAAAAUCACAGUUUCAUAAUUGUAGCUACUGAUUACUUUACCAAAUGGGUAGUCGCUAAGCCAUUGGUAAAGACAGAGCAAAAAGAUGUUAUUAAAUUUAUUAAAGAGGAAAUUAUUCAUCAAUUUGGAAUUCCACAAUCAGUAACUACUGACCAGGGCACAAUGUUCACUGGUAAGGAGAUGCAAGAAUUUGCCACUGAUUAUGGAAUAAAAUUAUUGACCUCUACACCUUAUUAUGCUCAGGCCAAUGGCCAAGCUGAAUCUUCUAAUAAAAUUAUCAUCAACAUAGUUCAAAAAAUGUUGGAAGAAAAUCCAAAGGAUUGGCAUCGGAUUUUAUCAGAAGCACUCUGGGCAUAUCGCACCUCUAGGCGAAAUGCUACUGGAGUAAGUCCAUUUAUGCUAACCUAUGGUCAUGAUGCAGUGUUACCCAUGGAGGUGGUGGUGAGGUCAUUGAGAGUAGCUAAGCAGAAUCAUUUGACUCCAGAAGAUUACAAUGAAACCAUGAUGAUGGAGUUAGAAAAUCUAGAAGAAGGGAGACUUCAGGCUUUAAACAAUAUGAUAAUACAGAAGAAGAAAGUCUCCAGAAGCUACAAUAAGAAAGUUAGACCUAAGACAUUUCAAGAAGAUGAGCUAGUAUGGAAGUUGAUCUUACCCCCUGGUACUAAAGAUAGAGAAUAUGGGAAAUGGUCUACUAAUUGGGAAGGGCCAUUCUUAGUCCACAAGGUGAUGAAGGGGAAUGCGUACUGGCUAUCAAGUCUAGAGGGUGAGCCUCAUAGAAAAUUUAUUAAUGGAAAGUACUUGAAGAAAUACACUCCCACCAUCUGGGAGAAAUACAACUUAGAAAUGACUUAAUGGCUUUUAGCCAUACAUGUACUGCAGAUGAUGUAACUUGUUUUAGCAAUAUCAGUACAUGAGUUGUAACA